GUUUCCGUUUCUCACACAAGCGCGAAAUUUUUAAGAUGUUGUGAAAAACAAAGCAAUGAAAUGGCUGAAAAACAUCCGAAGUCUAAACUUAAGCGAUAUAAAUCGUCUGUCAAAGAUCUCCAGCCAGUAAUUAGCUCACUGAAGAGGAGUCACACCGCGUCGUUCUCCGGUGGGAUUAACGUCACAGCGGAGACCGAGAGGUCAGCGUGGUGGAGCAGCGAGCAGCUGCCUGCGGAGGAGAGCCUGUGGGCGCUGACGCUGAAGUCUGCUCUGCCCUACCUGGAGAAGCAGCACUGGGACCUGGUUCCUGAUCUUCCUCAUCCACCCGCAGCGAAGCCCCCAGUGAUAAAGCUAGAUGAACAGCGGUGGUGUGACCUCAGCGAGGAGGUGGCUCCCCUCCCUGAACCCUCUCCACCUUCUCCGAGGACUUCAUGGAGUCCAGAUCCUGUCAGUCUCAGCUCCGCCCAGCAGGAGCUCUCGGUACACACCAAACCUGGGCCAGACCCGCCCACCAGGCCGCCGUCGUCUCACAGCAGACAAAGUCCAGACGGCAAGACAGCGCCCCUUCAAGCCCUCACCAAACGACCACGGCCGUCCCUCCACGGCUGGGAGGGGCCGGCGUCAUCAGCCGCACCCUCGGGUGUAGGGGGACACAAGGGGGGGACGGGAGGAGAGCAAGAGGAAGAGACUGGACCGGUCAGCAGACGGCCUCUCACAAACCAGGUGAAGUCAUCUGACAGCCGAGUUUCUCUGCAGAGAGAGGAGGAAGAGGAAGAGGAGGUGCACACAAGUGUCAAAGCAGGAGGAGCAGCAGGUGGUGGUGGUGGAGGAGGAGGAGGAGGAGGAGGGCUGCAGACCUGCCCCAUGUGCCUGAUAGUGUUCCCUGUAGGGUUCACCCAAAUGGACUGUGAUGGCCACCUGGCCCAGUGUCUGUCAGAGGUGAAUGUGGACAUGACCUGGUGAGCCGACAGGAGAAGACACACACACUCUCUCCAGGAUCAUAUUCUGGGUUUCCCAUGCGUCCUGGAAAACAGUUAACCAAUUUUAGGGGUGGGUGAUAUGAACUAAAACUGAUAUGACAGUAUUUUCUGAGGGUAUUUGUGGUAACUGUAUUAUAUUAUAUUAUUAUAAAAUAUAAGGGAUACUCUACUCAAAACGUAAAUCUGUGUAAAUAUGCUAAGAAAGCGAAACAAUGGAUGUUUAUUGGCUCCACAUAAGAAUGAAAGCUGGAAUGGACCCACGUGUGUUUUGGGAGAAGUAGCUGGCCCCAUAAUGUAACUGUAAUGUUUGAUGAGUCAGUAGCAUUAGUAGCAGCCAUGCUGCUGAUCUCAGCAAUACAAAAAAUUUAGCUUUAAAAAAGGUUUUUUUCUCAGCAAAAAUAGAAAACUCUAACCUGUUAACAUGGUGCCUAAAUAUACUGUAUACAGCAAGAGUCUGUGCCGAAGCGAUGGACGGUAGCCUGUUCGUAACCGUAGACGUAUGAACUGUGGGAGGGACGUAGCUCAUCGGUGCUGCAGCUCCCUCGUCCUCACUUGUGUGCUAAACUAAAACGUGUGUGUUUCUCGGUGUAGACGGUAUUGCAAAAUCCAUGUCAUCACCAAACGUGACUGUGAUGAAGCCCACCCUUCAUCAAUAUUCCAGUCAUUGAAAACACAGAGAGAACAUGGAAAAUGUCCUGAAAAAUAAUUUUAACAUUUUCCUUUUCCCCUCUGAGAAUGAACUACUAUUCUAUCAGAGCUCCCCAAACACAAAGUUAUGUUCAACUAUUACAAAUAUUUCAACUAAACUGUCCAUGAACUACCGUUUGAGCAUUAAUAUGAUCAUGAACAUAAAAUAUACCAUAGUAUGCUCUGCUAUAAAAUAUGUCAUACUAUAGUUUGUCCUAAAAGUAGUAAAAUAUGCCAUAAAAACUAAUAAUAAAAUGUAUCAUAAAAUAUGUCAUAGUAUGUCAUUAAAA